CAGUCGCUGACAAGCCGAGGCACACAAAGGUGUGCAUGAUUUGAGGGCCCAGAUAUCGUUCGCUCGUCAUGCACCUCUCCUGUAAAGCCAGACUUUUCAGAGAGGAAAACCGUAGGAUUAAGAAUGGUACUGGGUACACUGGCUGCGUACCUUGUUAGAGAAAUGGUUGAUGGAGAUAAAGAGGGAAGCGAGUCAUUCUCACCUGCCUACCUGCCUGAUAAAGCGAGAACUGUUUUCUUGUGUGGGCCACAAGAUCGCUUACAAACAGUCCAAACCGUAUCAGAAAAAGUGGGCUUCUCGCCGUCCAAUGAUAUGGAGACAGCGGAUUUGGUUUGGGGCUUGGAAUGCUCUUGGAACUACAUAUUCAGUAAAAUGAAGAACAUGGGGUCCCAUCAACGGCUCAAUAAGAUUCCAGGUUUUAAUGUCAUAGUGCAGAAAGCAAAGCUAUCCACCCGAGGAUACCCAUUCAUGCCCAAAUCUUUCCACGUGCCCAAAGAUUCCCAAGCCCUCAAGUCUUACAUGAAAGCCAAUCCGAAGAAGCUCUUCUUAACCAAACAUCCCAAUCAUCACAGCGUCUCAUUGGUCAAUGCACUAGAUUUGGGUCAAUGGGAAGGCUACGAUCUUCUCAUUCAAGAACUCCUUCACCCGCCAUAUCUCGUGGCCGGGCACAAAUUUGAUCUCACCAUGUACGUUCUUGUCACGUCCGUUAAUCCACUGAGGGUGUACACUAACAAGAAAAUGAUGCUUCGAUUUUGUACCAAGUUGUACAAAGAGUUCGAAGUGAAUCCGUACUCCAGUCCCUUGGAUUCCUAUGUGGUCCAUGAUCACCACUUUUCACAUGCAGAGUGGAUUCCUGAACUUAGGAACUUCACCUCCCUUCAAUUUGCGCACCACGAGGCUUUAGCAGCUUACAUCCGAUCCCGUGGCGGCGACCCUGACGCUUUGUAUGAACGGAUGAAACAAAUGGUGCUAGAAGUGAUCCUUGACAGCCUCCAUGGACUUCGAAAAGCCUCUAAAGAAUUUCCUAACGCCGGGAACUCGUCUUUCUUUCAACUCAGCCGAUGGGAUUUCAUGGUGGGGCAAGAUCUGCAACCAUUUCUCAUAGAGGCUAAUGGUUCGCCCCACAUGAGUUCACAUAACGACAAGAAUAUCAUUCGAUGCUCCAGAUAUCUUUUUGACGCCUUCCAUCUUCUGGACUUGGGUUCAUUAGGCGGAGAUGCUCUAGCUAGAGAGCGAGAUUUUGUUACUACUGUGGAGCUCAUGAUUGGAUCCGAACCAUGCCAAACGUGUUUUAACGCGUGUCAUCUGCGCAGAUGCCGAUUGUGCUUUCAGUGCAUAUCCUCCCACAUGUUGAACACUCUGUCGACGGCUUACAUCGAAAACCAGAAUAAGGGCACAUAUGAAAGGCUUUUUCCUUUGACUCGAGCCCGGGAACAUUGGUCAAAAGUUGGCCAGCACAACAAGCAUUUGACUGAGAGUGACGUUCAACUCCAGGAUUGGUUCAAUGGAAUGUGCAAACAAGAUCAAGACUUCUGUUAGGGAAACGGCAAGUAUCAAGAUGAAAUCCCCAAAAAGGUCGGCGACAAACGCGGCUUUGGAAUAUGAUAUUAAAGAUGUGGUCAGAUCAUUGCUGGCAAAAUUUUGCCAAAUCAAAUCAAGAUCAUUGGGAAUAAAAGGUUGUUUGUUUGAA